AUGGCCGUAGGUUGGUCAUGGCCAGGCUCGAUCCGAAAUAUUUCGAUCUUCCUCGCACUGGCGGGCAGUGUGCUCGAGAACGGCGCCGCGCAGAACAUUACACAACCCGCCGACACGGCGACUUCCGGGCAGACCACAUGCCCAGUCAAAAGCGCGGGGGAGAUUCAAGCGGCCAUCUUUCAGUACCCGGUGUGUUUGGAAACGCACAGGGUCCAGGGCCAAGAGAUUCCGGUGGUUUCGACGCAACAUCAUCUUCCUGUGGAAAAUGAUACGGCCCCCAUUGAUUCAGAUUCUGUGACUGCUCCGGAGGGAACUGCAGACGCGUCGAGUGCGCAGAAUGCGGACUUUGAUCAGGAUACAGACUCGUUACUGGAUAGCUCCAGCUUUCUCUCAUUUGAAGAUUGGAAGAAGCAGAACCUCGCCAAGGUGGGCCAAUCGGCUGAAAACGUGGGAGGCAGUAGACGCUCCGGGGCGGCCGGCAAAGAGGGCCGCCGACAGCCAGGGAUCAACAAUGCCUUGGACUCCUUGGGCGACGACGCGGAAAUUGAGCUGGACUUUGGUGGAUUUGGUGCUGAGACCCCGGAGGCGAGUCCUACAGCCUGGGGUACGCCUAUUCCUUCGCAGUAUGCUGACCAGAUGGACGGGGCUGCGAACGGGGAUGCGCGGACUCAGAGUGUGCCUCAGCCUGACGUCUCACGCCGCAAAGACGCCGGCACGACUUGCAAGGAACGUUUCAACUAUGCUUCUUUUGACUGUGCGGCGACAGUGCUCAAGACGAAUCCUGAGUGCAAAGGCUCAUCGUCUGUCCUGGUGGAGAACAAGGAUAGCUACAUGUUGAACGAGUGUCGUGCCCAGAAUAAGUUCCUGAUUCUAGAACUCUGUGACGAUAUUCUGGUCGACACGGUCGUUUUGGCCAACUACGAAUUUUUCAGUUCCAUCUUCCAUACAUUCCGGGUGAGUGUAUCGGAUCGUUACCCGGCAAAGCCGGAUCAAUGGAAGGAACUGGGUGUGUAUGAAGCACGGAAUACCCGGGAGGUCCAAGCAUUCGCGGUCGAGAAUUCACUUAUCUGGGCCCGGUACUUACGUAUCGAGUUUCUGACACACUAUGGCCAUGAAUUCUACUGUCCGGUCAGCCUGAUCCGUGUCCAUGGCACUACCAUGCUGGAGGAGUACAAGCAUGAUGAGAGUGUUAGUCGUAACGAGCACGAAGCCAUUGAGACGGUUGAGACUGCUGAGAUUCCUGAUUUGGAGACCGAGCAGAUCGAGCCUCCGGUCCCGGAAUCUAUUCCAGAAAGCAAAGACUCUACCUUCGUGGAAGGAAUGUGUCCAAACCCGCUAAGCGAGGUCAUAUCACUUCUUAAAGGUGACUUACCGCAAGCGUUGGUUGAGACCUGUGACAUUCAUGAAAUUCUGUCGGUGGAAGACAUGCUAGAGAAAGCCGCUUCGACAGGUCAAACCAGCCAGUUGUCGAAUGCGAACCCAACCAUUACCACUGGAGGUGCUGAUCCUGCCACUCAUGCUGGCUCCCCAGUUCCACCUAAAGCUCCUAAACCCGCGGAUGAUAUUCGAAGGCCAGGUGAUUCGUCCAAGAUGGUGGUGGCAACCUCUGACGCCUCAGCCCCGGCCACAGAGUCUGCCCAGCAGAACUCUACCAUUGAAACCCCCGGAAAAUCUACGACCAAUUCCAGAGAGGAGCCAAACAGUGCUCCUCCUGUCCCUCCCCCCGAGUCUGUUAGACCGACCUCCACCCAACCUCCCGCCUCCAAUCCGACUACCCAAGAAUCCUUCUUCAAGUCCGUCCACAAGCGGCUACAGAUGCUGGAGUCCAACUCCACGCUCUCUCUUCUCUACAUUGAGGAGCAGUCCCGCAUCCUUCGUGAUGCGUUUAACAAAGUUGAGAAACGCCAGCUUGCCAAGACCUCCACGUUCCUCGAGAAUUUGAAUAUUACUGUGCUCAGUGAGCUUAAAGAGUUCCGCGAACAGUACGACCUUGUGUGGAAGUCAGUCGCUUUCGAAUUUGAGCACCAGCGCAUGCGGUAUCAUCAGGAAGUCCACUCUCUGAGCGGUCAAUUGGGUGUGCUCGCCGACGAAUUGGUCUUCCAGAAGCGUGUCACUGUGAUUCAGAGUGUCAUGGUCCUCUGCUGCUUUGCUUUGGUGCUCUUCUCUCGUGGCUCCGUGGGCAACUACAUGGAAUUCCCACGGGUUCAGCGGAUGGUCGCUCGCUCCUACAGCCUACGGUCAUCAUCCCCCGUUUUCGUGUCCCCGUCAGCCAGUCCUGGGUCCACACGGCCAGCUUCUUCAUAUCGCGAGACUUCUGGGCACCGGCGGAACCUUUCGGAUAGCUCAUCUCAGGAUAGCCCCCAAAGUCCGACGGUGGCUUAUAUUCCGCCGACUCCGACGUCAGAUGCUUCGCAGGAGAUGCAGGAACAAGGUGACAAGCCCGAGGAGCCUCGGUCACCGGACUCGAUGUCCGUGCCUACGCUUGAGACACCCCAGUUUCGAUCUCAAAGUACUCCGCCUGUGUUGCCGGGUCAUACGAUGGACCUCGAGCUGGAGCGGGAAGGGAAUGACACUAUCAUUGCCCCCGUGGAUCCUCCGAUGCCGUCCUAUGACGAACCCCCGCGGACGUCAUGA